AUGAAUGGAAUAACAAAAAAUAAUAUUAAUUCCUCCAAUUAUUCCUCUCAAUUAUCAAAUAUUAAACCAUUACAACUUCAUUUAUUUAAUAAUAAUUUACAACAAAAACAAAUGAGUACAUUUAUUGGGGAAGAAGAAGACAAUAAUAAUUCUUCUAUUAAUUUAAUUUCUUCUAAAAAAUAUCAUCAACAAAAUAAUAAAGAAUAUUUAAAUAAUGGAAUUAAUAAUGUUAUUCCAUUACAAAAUUCAAUUGGAAUUGAUGGACAUUUAUAUUCUUCACCUUCCUUAAAUUUAAAUAAUUGUAAAUAUAGGCAAUCUACUAGUAAUGGUUUUGGGCUUUAUUCGAGGCAUAAAAAGGCUAAUAAUAAUUCUGAGGAAUUCCAAACAAAAACAAUGUCUAAUGGAGUAGGGGGUAUUUCUUCUUCUUCUGAAAUUAUUAAUCAUCAAAAUUAUCAAAAAUGUGAAGAUAAACAAUUAAAUAAUAAAGAAGAAAAUGGACAAAAUUUAAUUGAAUUAACGAAAAUAAAUAAUUAUUUUAAAGAAGAAAAAAAUGGGGAAGGGGAGGGGGAAAUUGAAGAUAACGAACAACAACAACAAACGUCUUUUUGUAAUAAUUUCUCUCAUCAAAAUGAAGAAAAUAUUUUAUUAUCUGGACAAUCCCAAUUAUUAUUACAAGAAAAUAAAGAAGGGGAAGGAGGGGAAUAUUUUGAAGAUAUUUAUCAACAAAAUAAUUUAAUUGAGGAAGAAGAGGAAGUAAUUAAUGAAAGAGAGGCAACAGAAAUACAAUUAAGAAUUAAAAGAUUAGCUGGGGCACAUCAAUUAAUUGGAAAUUGUAAUAAUGAAAGAAGUUUAUCUAAAAUUAAUAGUAAUAGAGAAUUAUUUAAUGGAAAUUUUAUUAAUAAUAAUCGAAGACAGCCAAAACCCUGCAAAGAUUAUGCUCUAAGUUUUAUUGUUGAUGCUAAAUUAUUGCAAAUUCGGAGGGCUGGUACUGAAUUACAAAUAACAGAUAAUGAAGGUUUUCCCCUUCUCGAUUUAUGGCAAAGAGCCAGUUGUUUUCGUUCACAUUCCUGGGUGUUUGAAUCUUUGGGGUUAACAGUAUUGACGCUCUGUGAUUUGGAAAGAAGAAUAUUUCCUUUGCCAAAACUUUUGGGUGGUGGAGGGACAGAUUGUAGUAGUGGAGGGAAUGGAUAUGUUCAGAGAGUUGAUAAUCCUGAUGGGGAAUGUUUUGCACAUUUUGUGGUUGGAAUUCCUUUUUUGGUACAAGAUAGAAGGAGAAUGAAUAUUGCUAGAUUUGGAUUAGAACAACAAAGUACCAAUUAUUUGCGUGUAUUCCAUUGCCUUUCUGAAAGUGAUGGACAAUUACUUGCACGUUUAGAAGAAUUAAAACUUCCUUCAAGACGUUCUUCAUCAUCAUCUACUAAUCAUCGAAAUCGUUCCUCCUCCUCCUCCCACCACCAACAACCUCAAAAUAAUUCCAAUUGUUUAUAUAUGCUUUUACGUUUUAAUCCAGACAAUUCUUUAAAAAUAAAUGCCCAAUUAAAACUUUUAUUGGUGGCUGCAGCUGCUCGGUUAGUUGCAAGUUGUUCACCAACACAAAAAAGAAAAGAAGAAAAAUUUGGAGAAGAAAAAGGAAGGGGGGAAGUAGAAGAAAUUAAUGAAAUUGGACAACAACAACAACAACAAAAUAUAUGUUCUUUCUUUUAA